AGUCCGCACUUGCGCGGCGGCCGAAGUGCGAGAGGAUUAGUCCCUGCGGUCCCACAAGACGGGCCCAGCUGACCUUGGUGACCCUGCGCUCCGGCCUCGGGGCAGGUGGCGGUCGGCGCGCCGAGACCCACGGGAGCCCCGCCCAGACGCCUGCCCCGCUCCCAGGCCUCCCGGCCUCUCCAGCAGUGCUCGCCAUGGAGAUCCUGGACGAGUUCGACAGCGAGUUCCCGCAGAGCGAAACCUUCUGCCAGCAAAUCUCCGAGGAAGACUUGGACAGGCAGGCGGACACCACACUUGAGCGCGCGCUGCGCCGCCUCUUCCACCGUCUCGACCGCAACCCGUCGCUGGCGGAGAGGGUGGUGCAAUUGGAACAGCGUGGGCUCCUCUCUCUUCUCCGGGCGAAGUGUUGUGCAGGGGGAGCUGAACCAUUGCAACAGCACGGGCGUCCUGGAGAUACACGAGCGGGUGGAGCAGCUGAAGCAGAGCAUACACCGCGUGCACCUCUACUCCCGGGACACCAAGAAGGGGAGAAGGAAGCCAAGACAGAAGAAACCAGAACCCAUCCUGUUACGGGACCAGUCGACCUCCCCAUGCCUGCCACCGACCCUGCUGCCACCUCUGCCACUGCCACCACCAUGGUCUCCGUGGUGACCCCAUCACCCCGUCUACACUAUGCCUAGGGUCUUUGGUCCCUUCCCUUCACUGCCCUGCAAGUCGGUCAGUGGGAGCCUUCCCCACUCCAGGCAGUCCUGGGUGCCCCCUGCUCAGAACAAUCCCAGGGGCUCUCCUGGGCCUGUAGCUGUGGCUCUCAGCCCUCUGCUUUUCAGCAGCAGACCCCUCUUUGCAGACAGGGUCUUGAUGGAUAAAGCAGAUAAACGGUGUUUGCUCUGGUUAAGGCAUUGGGUGAGGUUGAAGGCACCAAGGGGCUCCACCUUCUUGACUUUAGGCAAGCAAGGCAGCCCCAGGUGCACCAGACAGGAUCCUGGGGCUCCCAAAGGACAGGUGGAAAACCAGAGGGACCCCCCCACAUCUCCAGCACCAGUCCUGCCUCUCCCUGUGGGCAUGUCUCCCCAUGCUAUCCUCUGCCUGCAGUGUACUGGGUUAGAGCCAGGAUGGUGUCUGGCUCCAGGGAGGUGCAGAGGCAUGCUUACCAGGGGAAGCCAGGGCAGUGGAGCUUGGGCAUGCUGUUUCCAGCCACAUAUGAGAAACGGAAGCCUCCAGGGUUGAGAACCAAGGGAAUCAGAUCAACCAUGUGGCUGCAAGACAGGGCAGAGAGGGGACGUCAGCCCCAGCCCCUCCACACCUCAUAUGCAGUUCUACAGCAUGGGCACAGGUACUGCCCACACAGUCGACCUCUGAGCCCAGACCCCUCCCCUGUAAAAUGAGAAUAAGCACUCAGGAUGAUUGUGAGGAUUAACUAACAGAUUGUGAAGAAAUGGUAACUGAGCCUGGCACAUGGGACACUCCCAAAAAUGCUCCUUUUUCAUUUCCCUCAAGCCCAGAGUAAACCCCUUCGACCUCUUUGCGUUUCAUGACAGGCCAUUCCAGUUUAAUUUCACUUCAGAUCUUGAAAUGUCCAAAUUCUUCACUUGUAGGAUAGAAAGGAAAUCUCAGGACGAGUUUGUUGGCCUCAGUUAAAGAAAAGGACCUUAUAGAAGAGCCAUACAAAUGACGUGGCUUUCAUUCAUUCGGCAGAUACAUUGGGACCAUCUCUUGUGCCCACCUUGAGCUUGGUUAGGGGUACAGGAGAUGGGAUCAGGGGCGCUGGGAACUAAGGAGGUCUUAACCCAGCCUGGGGGAUGGAGGACUGCCUGGAGGUGGAGGCCAGACCUGAAUGAGUCACACAGGCUAAGUGGGGAAUCAAGAGGUGGAGGCAGUUAGGCCACCACACCUGGCCGUUCAUCUUUUUUAGCAUUGAAUAAUAUUGCAUUUCCUGGAUAUGCCACAUUUUAUUCACCCAGUGAAGGAUAUCCUGGUUGCUUCCAAGUUUUGGCAAUUAUGAAUACAGCAGCUAUAAACAUC